AUGUCCACAUCUUCCGAAGAAGACUCCGACUACCUCUCGGACAACCAACUCUCCGAAUCCAGCUCCGACCACGACGACCCCCCCCGCCGACCGCUCUCGCAGCCCUACUUCGCGCCGCCCUUUUACGGCCGGCCGCCCACCCCCCUCCCGCCCUCGCCCUCGCUCACGUCGCUGCUGCGCCCGUCGCGGCCGACGACGCCCGACCCGUCCGACGACGACAACAACCUGGCGCCGGUGCCCCGCGCGGCGCCCAAGGUCCCCACGUACGAGUACUACGGCUUCGUGCUGUACCUCUUCAGCAGCCUCACCUUCCUCAUGUACCUCCUGUGGAGCUACCUGCCGUCGCCGUUCCUGCACGCCCUGGGCAUCUACUACUACCCGAACCGGUGGUGGGCGCUGGCCAUCCCGGCCUUUAUCGUCAUGCUCCUGUGCUACAUCUACGUGGCGCUGGCGGCCUACAACGCCGAGGCGCUGACGGUGCCCGUGAGCAGCGUGGAGACGGUGGUGGACGGGGCGGGCAAGCUGGCCGUCAUUGACGCCAAGGGGAGGCUGAGGGGGAGCAGGAAGAGGGAGAGGAAGUGCGACGGCGGCGGGAGGCUGAGGUGGAGGGAGAUAUGGAACGAGGGGACGGACGCCGUCAUGGACAUUCCGCUGGCGGGCGUUUGCGAGGUCCUGUACGGGGAGGGGAGGGAGGGCAGUGACGAGGACUGGUGCACGCGUCGUGGGGUUGUGAAGCAGUGA